GAUACUCGCGAAGGAGACAAAACCAAAACAAUGUGGCGACGAAGAUGCUAGAUGGAAAGUUAACGAUGUGAUUAAAUUAUACAACAUAAUGAACGUAUAUUACAUAUGAUAUCUUCUCAGUUAGUCAUAUAAAGGUAUAUAAACGGCACUAAAAACGACCAAAUCAUGGCUACCAUAGAUUCUCUUAUGAGCUUGUGCGCUUUUAGUGUUGCUCAGCGCGCUGAGAGGUAUGAGGAGAUCAGGAUGUUGCCUGCUGCCGUUAAAGACAGAUUAUUGCGAAUAAUGAUGUCUUACGGCACGGUCACCGACUCCAACAUCAGCCAGCUCGUGCACAACGGAACCCACACACUGGAUCUGCAGAACUGCAAGGUGUCAGACUCUGCGCUUCAACAAAUCCACUGCCUACAGCUGAGGACAAUACUGUUAAGAGGCUGUGCAGAUAUCACCUCUGAGGGUCUAGAGGUGCUGGCAUCCCGGUGCCCUUAUCUUCAGGUCGUUGAUCUCACGGGCUGCACGGCUGUGACAGACUCAGGGGUUCAGGCUCUGGCGCAACACUGCAAAUGUUUGGAAGUGAUUUCCCUGCGUGGCUGCGCUGCUCUCAGUGACAGAGCCCUGCUGGAGCUGGGAGAGAACUGCAGGAUGCUGCACAGCAUUUACUUCUCUGGGACAGAGGUAACUGAUCAAGGGGUCCUUGGACUUGCAACUGGAGUUUGUUCACACAGCCUAAAGGAGUUGCAGAUGAUACGAUGUCGCAAUUUGACUGAUGUGGCUGUGACUGCUGUUCUUGCAAACUGCGCCAACAUCAGAAUUUUCAAUUUCCAUGGAUGUCCCCUGAUUACAGAUAAAUCAAGGGAGGCGCUCCAAAACUUUAUUGGUCCCAACAAGAUUCAACAAGUGUCUUGGACUGUGUACUGAUGUGACGACUUCUCAUCAACGGUACAUCAACUACAGCACAUCAACUUUAUUGUCGUAAAUGUAAU